UUCAUGUCAUUCCGGACCGGAAAAAAUCGGAACGCUGGACCUGAAAAUUCAGUGUAGUGCACAAGAUUUUAUUUCGUUUUAAAUCAUUUUUCAUCUCCUCUUUAAUUAUGGUAAGAAUAUAUUAAAAUACUCAUUUAAUCAGUAUAUAAUAUUAAAUAACUCCAAUUACUUUAGAACGUCGUUAUUAUUUAGGAGCCUAAAAACGAGCUACAGAAGAAUGCUAUCGCUGAAGCUCGAAGAAAAGAGUUGGAGACCUAUCAGAGGGCUUUGGACAUUCAAUGGUUGAACAGUCGUAUGGAAGACGGCCGUAUGGGGAGAUGUUUAGCCCUGAUACAGAAAGAGGCUGAAAUGGAGAAAGACUUUCAAGAGAGAACUGAUCAUGCUGCGAUUGUCAAUGCUCGAGCAGAAAAGGAGAUAGCUCUUGGUAUUGAAAUAGCUAAAGUACGUGCUGAGGAAGUUUGUAAGCUGCAGAGGCGUCACUAUUUGAGAGAGAGGGAUCCAAGCUUAAGGGAAUUAUCUAAAAAGUUACAGGCUGGUUAUGUUUGCAGGGACUUGAGGCAGCAAAUACUGAAUAAUGAGUAUAGAAAGUUACAAUUACAGGCAGAAGAGCAACAUGCUAACAGUGUACUUGUCAAUGCCCUCUACAAUGAUGCUGAAGCAAAACUUCAUGAGGAAACAGAGAAAAAGAAACGGACCACUCAGUACUGUCUUGAGUUGCAGCAGCAAUUGGUGAACCGACAGCUUGUCAAGCAGUGCCAGUACGAAGAUACACUCAUUGAAAAGAAAAUGCUAGACGAUAUAAUGCGCACUAUAGCUGAUGAAGAUCAGAGGGAGCUGAAGCAGAAGCGGGAACAGACAGAGAAGAUGCGUAGGGAAAUGGUAAGUUUUCAGCAGGCGCGCGACGCUUGGCGACAGAAGCAGAAACAAAUGGUUGUGUUGGAGGAGCGAGACAUCGAAGCGCAACGUCGCGCCGCUGCAGACAGAUCAUCAGCCAUUAUUGCAGAGAGACAACGGAAAAUGCGAAUGAAAGAAGAGCUGAAUGAGAAAAUCUCUGCCAAGAUUAUGGCAGAUGAGGCGGCCCGUCAAGAUCGCGAGAAUAUAAUCAAACAGCUUCAAGAGCAAGAGUAUUUGGAGAAGAAUUUCCAAGACGACGUGGCAGAAAGACAGAAGGCGGAACGUGUGAAGACUGAUACUAAAGUUGCCCUCACAGCUCAAAUGGACUCCAGGAAACGACUGGAAGCCGAACAGAGGAUAAGGGAACAGGAGUUCAGGAAAAAGACUGAAGAGAAAUUAGCUGCAGACAACGAGAAAGAGUUGGAGAAGCAGCGCAAGCUGAAGGAGAAAGCACAAAUCUACUCAAUUGAGCUACUCAAGCAGAUAGAAGAUAACGCUCGUAGGAGGAAACAGGAACAGAUGUUGGAAGAUGGACGAGCAAAAUAUGUUUGGGACUGUGAUAAAGCUUGGCGUGAAGAAGUAUCAGAAGAGCGCAAGAAGAUUGUUGAAGAACACGUACCUCAUCUUCUAGGCUAUUUACAAGCAGGUGUGAUAAAGAAAGAAGAUUUGCCGGCAGUAAGACAGGGAGUAGUGAAACAUGAAAAACUCGCAUCCCUCGAUAUCGAUUCGCUGGCAGUAAGCAAUCGACCUAAACGAUAUUCAAAGUGUAAUGCCCAGUGUAGGAUAUUGAGGGAAUAUUGAAUAUUUGUACUUUUAAUAUUAGAAACAAAUUAAUGGAAAAUUGUUAGUGUUACUGGUUUUUAAACGUAUCAGACCCAGGGAUUUUGAAGCAUUUCCGCUCCAUCAUAGCCUAGAACGUUUAUGAAAAGAUUUGUAAAGCUUUUUCU